AUGGAAGCCGCUCAAACUCAGAAAGUCCGAACACCACCCCCAGAGAAACUCAAACCUUGUUGCGCCUGUCCCGAAACGAAGCGAGUCCGAGAUGACUGUUUCCUUCGAUAUGGACCGCCUGAUGAAUCAAAGGAAUCAACAAUAAAAUGCGCUGAAUUGAUUGCCGCUCAUCGUGCUUGUAUGGCCCAGCAUGGUUUCAACAUCUAA